AUAAAUAGCGAUGAUGCUCUAUUUCUGAAUUAUGAUAGUAUUGAAAACCUUGAGAAACUAAUCACUAAGAACUUGGAUGCUGAUUCAGGCUCCAGUAUACCGCCUGUGAAACGAUGCUUGCUACGCUGCCCUUAUCUGAGAACCAGCGAUGAUAGAAUUAUGGAAUACAGAUAUGAUAAACUGUUAUUCAGAGAACAAUCCCCCUACCAACUUGUGGAAAUAUUCUCUACAUCUGACUACGGGAGUAUGCUGGUACUUGAUGGAUAUGUCAACCUUGCAGACAGUGAUACUGUGUACACUCAUAAUCUGAUGUGCAAGGGAUCCGUGGAUUACAAGGACAAAGAUGUUCUGAUACUGGGUGGUGGAGAUGGUGCUCUGCUAUGGGAACUACUGCAGGAGGAGAACAAACCCAAGUUUGUCACAAUGGUUGAUAUAGAUGAGGCGGUUAUGCGUUCUUGCAGGGAGUUUAUGCCGAAGGUGCACGGUGGUAUUCUGGAGAACAUGGAAGGGGACAAUUACAAGAUCAUUGUGGACGAUGCCUUCAAGUGGUUGAAAACUUACAAGGAUGAGGGCAGAAAAUUUGACAUCAUUUUUGGAGACUUAACAGAUAUUCCAGUUCAUGAGGGUGGAGAAACUUGGGCUUUCGUGAAAUCUAUUUUGUCUCAAUCUUUAUCUAUUCUUACAGUAGGAGGAAGGUAUCAGACCCACUGUAACGGGAUCAACGCUGGUUCUGCCCUGAUAUUGUUUGAGAACCUGGUAAAAGGACUGGACACUCCUUGCACGAUAAAUCAAACAUCUGCAUACGUUCCUUCAUUCAUGGAGACUUGGGUUUUCUACCAGCUGACCAAGACGGGUGAAGGAAAGGACAGUGAGGAGAAGAGAGAAGAAAAACUGGUGGAAAAGAAAGAAGAAAAGAAGGAAGAUAAGAAGGAGGAGGAGAAAGAUGGGAAAAAAGAGGAGAAGAAAGAGGAGAAGAAGGAAGAGAAAAAAGAAGAGAAGAAAAGUCCUGAGAAGAAGGGUGCAAAGGGGCUGAAAGAGAGUGUGGAAGGAGAAAAGAAAGUGAAAAAGGGAAAGUGACAAAUUCUCCAGAGGCUAGAAGAGUCUCUUACUUGCAGGAAAAUACCAAUUCAUUUUCAGACUUCUAUGCAGCUCUGUCAAAUGUCCAAUGCCCAUGCACCUAUGUUUUCUAAUGUCUAUGUACCUCUGUCCAGUGUCCAUGCACCUCUGUCCAAUGUCCAUGCUCCUCUGUCAAAUGUCCAAUGCCCAUGCACCUAUGUUUUCUAAUGUCUAUGUACCUCUGUCCAAUGUCCAUGCACCUCUGUCCAAUGUCCAUGAACCUCUGUCCAAUGUCCAUGCUCCUCUGUCAAAUGUCCAAUGGCCAUGCACCUAUGUUUUCUAAUGUCUAUGUACCUCUGUCCAAUGUGCAUGCACCUCUGUCCAAUGUCCAUGCUCCUCUGUCAAAUGUCCAAUGUCCAUGCACCUAUGUUUUCUAAUGUCUAUGUACCUCUACCCAAUGUCCAUGCACCUCUGUCCAAUGUCCAUGCACCUCUGUCAAAUGUCCAAUGUCCAUGCACCUAUGUUUUCUAAUGUCUAUGUACCUCUGUCCAAUGUCCAUGCACCUCUGUCCAAUGUCCAUGCACCUCUGUUCAAUUUCCAUGCACCUCUAUUCAAUGUCCAUCCACUUCUGUCCAAUGUUCAUUGUCCAUGCACCUAUGUCCAAUGUUCAAUGUCCAUGCAUCUCUGUUUUUCCAUAUAAAUCUAUCUUUAUAUUUCUCUAUAAACUGAUGUAAAUUUACCUGUCUCUUUCUUGAUUUUUCGUCUGUCCCUGUCGCUUGAAUUGUCUUUUUUUCUAAUCCAUAGGUGGCUUGGUCCUUGUACCUGCUUUUGUGAUUUUGUCCUUAUCACUGUAUUUGUCCCUGUCACUGUGUCUUUUUCCCUGUCUCUCUCCCUAUCCGGCUGUAUCUGUCCCUAUACGCGUGUUGUAUCCCCAAUCCAUAUAUGUCUCUGUUCCUAUACGUUGUUCCUAUCCGUCUGUAUCUGUACCUAUACUUUGUCCCUAUUCGUCUGUAUCUGUCCUUAUACUUUGUCCCUAUCCGUCUGUAUCUGUAC